AUGCCACCCCAAAGUCGGGGCGCUUCGCCUGAACCCGGGCGGCGGCGCCCUGUAUCGAAAUCUGAAUCCCUCCCACCCACGCUCCGCCCUUUUCUCGAAAAUCUGCCCUCUCCAACUCUUCUGAUCCCUGACCAACGGACGCCGACUGGAUCUCGUAUGGUCAUACCGGACCGCGACACCCAGACACCAACUCCAACUCCUCGAUCAGUAAGGGCACGCGCCGCCACUGCUUUUCAACUGGGCGGCGACGAAAGAGACGAAACGGAAGAUGGGGACUCUUUGCACUUCCCGGAAGACGACGAAGUGGCUGGCGUGACGCUUGAUGACGAUGACUUCGAAUCGCACUACUCACGUCAGGAGUCGCCGGAGUCAGAAGAGGAGGUCUCCGGUGAGGAGGAUGAGACGGAGGGGGACGUCGAGGAUGAAUACCAGCAGGGGCCGACCUCGGCGGGAGAUCAAUUCCACUCCUCGAACCAGGAACCACGAUCUUUGUCUCGCGUUCACUCUCUGCCGGUGCGACCGCAUCCGCAACCACACCCUCCUGAGAGCAACGUCUCUGGCGGUGGCCUACAUAUCUCCCAAUCAACUACUUCUCUUCCGCCGGCACCUCCUCCACCGCUCUAUCCACCGUUUUACAAUAGACCGCCGACGCCAUUACCACCGUCACCGAGUCUAACAUCACUCCUGCGUCCACCGUCCCUGCUGAAUCGCUCUACGACUUCCACUCGGCCAACAACCCCAGAAGAUUCCGAUGCCGAAACACCAAAUGACACUGAAGCAGCGGUUGCCCAAUCCGCCCGGCGUGCGCACCCCUUACCACCGACGUCUCCCAAGGUGCCGACUUAUGAAUACUAUGGCUUUGUCCUAUACCUGGCGUCGACGAUUGCAUUUCUGAUGUAUAUUCUCUGGUCAUACCUCCCUUCCCCGUUUCUGCAUGCCAUGGGAGUGACGUACUAUCCCAAUCGGUGGUGGUCGCUAGCGAUUCCCGCAUGGAUAGUCAUGCUCCUGAUCUUCAUCUACGUCGCGCUCCUCAGCUACAAUGUCGAAUACUUGACUCUCCCCUUGGCUAGUCUGGAGUGCAUGGUGGACGAGGCGGCAAAUGUGGCGAUACUCGACGAGAACGGCCGUGUGAGGAACGGCGGUAGCAAGCGACUGGUCAAGGAAAUGGAGCAACGGGCGGCGAUGGAACAGGCAAGCGCCCGUGGCAAGAAGGGUAGGAAGUUCUCCAAAAGUAAAGACAAAGAUAAGGCAAAGCAGAGAAAACGGCCAUCACUUGGCGGUGCAAAUGGGACUGCAAGGGCGAACGAUGUUCACGGUCUCUCUCACGGGGGCACGGAAAUGUCGAAUGGAACUGCUCGUGCAUCUUCGUACCAUGAUCAACUGGCGUAUCAGAAUACAGCAAUGUUUCCCUAUCUCGCCAAUGGGUCGAUGCAUGUCGAAAACGGCCGACAUGGCCAGUUUGGGGCUUUAGGGUACCCUAAUUGGAAAAUGACCUGGAAUGAAGGCACCGAUGCCGUGAUGGAUGUUCCCAUUGGCGGCGUAUGUGAAGUGUUGUAUGGUUGA